CAUUUGCUUAUUGCUAAAAGAAAUCAUCAAUCCUUACUAUGGCUACAAACAACAUGGGUCUCCUCCAACUCAUGCUCCUAUUGCAACUAUGGACAGGGGUUCUAACCCAGCUGGCAGAGGCAGUGCGUUCUCUGGAUGAAGAGGUGCUAACUCUGACAGCUCCGGCGAGCUCAAGGGACUACCCCGACCCGCCGGCGAGAAGAGAUGUUUAUUCUAACGGUAAAAUCCAUGACAUCACCCAUUUGAUAAAUCCUAAAAUGCCAAAAUGGGGGAGUCCUGAUGGGAUGGGACAAGUGGUAACCAUUAUUGAUGAUAUGAAAAAGGGUGCAGUAGCUUAUACUUCAGAGAUGGAUCUUCCUUCUCACACUGGAACACAUGUUGAUGCUCCAUCUCAUUUUUUUGAAGACUACUUUGACAAAGGCUUUGACACUAGCACUCUUAGUUUGAAGACUCUUAAUGGUCCAGCACUGGUGGUUGAUGUUCCUAGAAAUAGUAACAUAACUGCCGAAGUAAUGAAGAACUUGCAAAUUCCUCAAGGAAUACAUCGCGUUCUUUUCAGAACUCUAAACUCUGAUAGGAAGCUUAUGUACCAAUCUGAAUUUCAUUCCGACUAUGUUGGGAUCAUGGGAGAUGGAGCAAAUUGGAUUGUUGAUAACACAGACAUCAAGCUUGUUGGCAUUGAUUACCUGUCUAUUGCUUCCUAUACUGAUGCCGUCCCAACACAUCAAGCCUUAUUGAAGAACAGGGAAAUUGUAAUUGUGGAAGGGCUAAAACUUGACGACGUCGCAGCAGGAAUAUAUGAUCUGCACUGCUUGCCUCUGAGGGUGCUUGGUGCUGAGGGAACACCUGCAAGAUGCAUUCUCACAGGCCUCUAAUUUCAUGUGGAAGGACUUUGUGCCUUUAUUAUGAAAAUAAAUUAAUGACUUUUGUGCCUUUAUCGUGAGAAUAAAUUAAAAUAUAAAUAUAAAUCAAUAUUAUUGUGUUUAA